AUGGGUCACUCUAAACUGUACAAUGAAUAUAUAGGCGUCCUGAUCUAUUAAAUGUGAACUAAUCACAAAAAGUCUCAGUGGCUGGAUCAUUCGUUAGAGUGUGAUGUUCCACACAACUGGGAAGAGAGCACAAACAGCUAAGAUGAAUGCAGCAAUAGCAAUUUUAAUUGUGGCUCUGCAGUUCCUCAUUCAGACUGCAACCACAGCCAAACUGGUAUGUUAUUUUAGCAACUGGUCGCGGUACAGAACUGGUGUGGGGAAAUUCCUGCCAGAGAACAUGGACCCCUUCCUUUGCACCCACCUGGUUUAUGCCUUCGCUGUCAUCAACCAUGCCAAUGAGAUCACUGAGUAUGAGUGGAAUGAGAAAAUCCUGUACAAAAACUUCACUGAGCUCAAGAACAGAAACACCAAGCUGAAGACUUUACUGUCGGUCCUAGAGGACAGCGAUGGGCCUCAGUUCUCCCUUAUGGUGUCCACUCCAGCCAACCGUCAGACAUUCAUCCAGUCUUCUAUCAAAUUCCUGAGGUCUCAUGGAUUUGAUGGUCUGGAUCUAGACUGGGAGCACCCUGGAGCUGGUGGAAGCCCUGCAGAGGACAAGCAGAGGUUCACUCUGCUGUGCAAGGAGCUUUCAGAGGCCUAUAGAGCUGAGAGUCAAGGACGAAGUAACACACGACUGAUGCUGUCUGCAGCCGUGGCAGCACAGGUAGACGUGGUUGAUGCAGGAUAUGAACUCUCUGAGAUGUCAAAGUACCUGGACUUCAUCAGUGUUAGGACGUUUGACCUUCAUGGUGAUCAAGAUCGAGUGACCGCCCACCACAGUCCAAUCUACAGCGAAAACAAUGCUAACAUAGAUUAUGUUAUGCAGCACUUGAUGGAGCGAGGAGCCCCAGCAGGGAAGUUGUUGCUAGGUUGUCCCACUCAUGUCCGUUCCUUUACACUCUCCACCACAGCAACAGGCCUGGGAGCUCCCGUCAGUAGGCCUGCCAGUCCUGGGCCCUACACACAGCAGAUUGGUGUCUGGUCUUACUAUGAGACCUGCUCCUUCUUGAAAGGCACCUCAGUUGAGUGGAUUAAUGACCAGAAAGUUCCCUACGCCGUCAAAAGCAAUCAGUGGGUCGGCUUUGAUAACCAGAGGAGCUAUGAUGCCAAGGUGGAGUAUCUGAAGAGCAGGAAGCUGGGAGGAGUUGCUGUGUGGACACUGGAUAUGGAUGACUUCUCUGGACAGUUCUGUGAGCAGGGCAAAUAUCCACUGAUAUCACAUCUAAAACGGAAACUCAGUGAAGACUGGGCAUUGCAGGAAACAACUCCUGCUGUACCUCUCCCCACAACCUCUGUCUCUCCUUCUGAAAGCACACAACCCACACAGGAGCAACUCACCACAGCGAAGCCAGACAAUGGCUGCUUCCACAACAUCACCAUAGUGUAUCCUGUCAGCAGCUUCUGCACACGAAGAGGUGACGGACUGUAUGUCAGAUCAGACAAUCCGAAGACACUCUACAGAUGUGUGCAGAGGAAGACAUACGUCACAAAGUGCCACACCGUUGGGACAGAGCAUAGCAGCGCAGUGACCACUACACCAUCGAAGAAUUUACCUAUAGUCAGCUUUGUAUUAGCCACUCUUUUCCAUUUGUUCAGUGUGUGGAGUAACAGGUGAUCUAGCUUUGUACAGACCUAAGUUUACAGUAAGUAAAGCUCCUGGCUUACUGUUAAAGAAAAAAAAUUAUGUAAGGAUGUUAACCUUUUAAAUCUUCCAAUCACACCCAAUGAGGCAAAAAACAUUGUCAAAUAAGUAUUUUCAUAUAACUCAAUAACAAUAAGAGUUUAGACCCAUACAGUUACUGUCAUGCAUUGUCCGAAUGACACAGUGUCCAGUGUAUAACAUUUAUGAAGCUCUAUUGGCAGAAAUGGAAUAUAAUAUGCAUAACUAUGUUUUGAUUCACCUGAAUAUGGAAUCAUUGUGUUUUUGUUACCUCAGAAUGAGUCUAUUAUACUGUAUAUACAGAUGACACAGAACCGCCAUAUUUCUACAGUGGCACAGAAAAGACAAAUCAAAUACUAGCUUUAGAUAUGGGCGUUAACAUAAUUAAUGUUUUUUGCUUUGUGGCCACCAUAGUUUCUAAAUGGAGGGUAAAGUGAUGGAGUUGCGAUGUGCAACUGAACCGUGUGGUUUAGUGAAGUGAAUAACACUGAUAUAACACUGCCUUUAUCUUUAUGCCAUCUGUUACAUUUCUUUGUCUUUUCAACAUAAAUUAGCCUAGCACAUGGCAUAUCUAAUCACAGGAAAGCAAAGUUGAAAGGUCAUUUGACAAAAUUGGACAGGUCACAGAACAAAAGGGGGCGGGACUUUGGAAAGGUCAAUUUCAAUUUAAAAAGACAAACAAACCAAAAACUUUUUUACCUGGUAUGCUUGUGUUUAUUUUAACUUAUUAAAGUGUAAACCUGCUGUCAGUGUUAAUUUAACACUGAAUCAAAUGCCAAUGUGUAAUGUGAGAGCUAUGGCUAUGUGGCCUAGUACAACACAAACCAGCACAGCUUUAGCCUCUUUUAGCUCAUUGUUUUGAUCUUACAGUAUAUUGCCUGUGUGGUUCUGGUCAUUAUGUAUGGUUUAUACUGUUUACUGUAAACUUAUUUUGAUGGUUUUUACUGGUAAUGGUAUCCAGUUGGCUGAACGAUAUUACUUAACCUUUAUGGUAAGUGUACCAGCCUGAUCAGUAAGAAAACCAACAUAGAGCAGCUGUCAGCUGAUAUUUAUGAUGAUUAUUGUUACUGUUGUUGGAGAGAUAAUAUUUGCAUUUUGUAAAUAAAGUCUAGAGGUAGGCAAACAGUAACCACAUUAAAUGUUAUGUCAGCAACAGCUUUACAGUCACUCUGUUGUAAAUAAUGAAAACAACUCUUCUGCUAUAAUAACAGUCAUGGGACUUUAAUUGGAUAUUUUUGGGUGAUUGUUUUCUGAUACACUUGUAAAUUCAACUCUUACUUAUUUGGGUAAAAUAUUCAAGGAUUCAAGGAUAUUUUAUUUUUUAUUUUAAAAGAAUAAGGUUGUACUAGAAUGACAUUUCGAUAUAGUUCCUUAAUGCCACCUCCAAAAAACAAAAUUAACAAAAAUGUAUCAUUAUGUUAUAAAACGUAAAUUAAAAAAAAUGAUUCAAAAUAAAAA